ACGCCUACCAGAUAAAAAGUGCAACCGAGAGUGGCGUUGUGGAGCAGAGCAGGCAAGGAGAGGGGAAUCUAGUCUGCACGAACUGACUGGCUGUGUGUGCCUUUUUAGUGUUUCUUUUUGAGUCCGUUUUGGGUUAUUUUGCGAGGAGGUUUAAAUGUGACGCUUCGACGUGACGUUUAGACAUCAACAUAGCCGCGAGAUAAUCAGCACCAUUGGCAGCAGGUGCGAUUCGAAUGCAUGCCUAGUUCUUCGUUUCAUCUAAUUCAGUUCAGUGUUUUUGCCAGUCUGUGAUAUGACUGAGGUGAUGAUUACCAGCACCCCCAUGGAGGACAUGAGGCUCAGUCCCACCAAGGACAGACUUUCCUUCCAGAUCUUCCCCGACCCAUCUGACUUUGAGCGCUGCUGUAAGCUCAAAGACCGCCUUCCCUCCAUCGUGGUGGAGCCCACGGAUGGCGAGGUGGAGAGCGGCGAGCUCCGCUGGCCUCCCGAAGAGUUUCUAGUCAGCGAGGAGGAUGAUGACGACGACGAGCCCAACCACGGUGCCGUCCAAAAUGGACAGGACGCCGUGAACUCCCAGCGUUAGGAUCCACGUCGUACCUUCAGAUGUCAACCCUUCCUCCGCACCCCUCACCUGGUUCACGCUGCACCUUAAACCUUCCCAGCUGACGCAACUGAUACGAAGCAAUACACCCUUUUUGUCGCACUGCCACUCAAUGGGACGCCAUUACCACACUUGAGAAAAGACUGGGUGUUAGGACUGCACUCACAUUGGGGCCACAAAAUGGCUCCCUUCCAGAAGAUGAACUUUUUAACCGUAUAAUUAUGUGUUCACUUUCUGGAUUGCUGUUAAGUAUUUGUCAAUGCGCGAGAGUGUUUAACAGUUUUGUUUAUCAUGCGUGUCGAAUGUGCCGAGGAUUUUUUUUUUUUGUUCAUUUUCCAGUCAAUAGUUGACAUCUACGUACUGUUCGUAAAGUGCCAGAUGUUAACUUAUAGACUUGUUUAUUGUUGUCACAUGGACUAGUGCACAAUUUUGCCUCAUUAGUAAUAUGUAGUAGAAAAAAAAAAACACAAGUCAGCCUUUCUAAAAAUGUCCCGAAAACAUUGUGGCAUGUUACUUUUGACGAAAAUUGUGAAUUAGUUAAGCUAGUAGCUGUGCUUUUUGUCUGCUUAGCUGAUGGGUUUUAAGCAAUUGAGCAAAGGAAAGGAGGCUUAAAUGCUAAGCGGAUGCUGUUAGCCCGCCCUGGAAAGCCUUAUGACUCGACCGUGUGAAAAUGACAAAGGUUACUGUGUCUAUUUUUUUUUUUUUUUUCUUCUCCGCAUUGAGCUAAUGUCGUAAAUAAUGGAUCCCGUCACAAGUGAAUGCACCAUUCUUUUCUUCCAACUUUUUUUCAAGCCACUGUACUUUUUGUCACCACGUAGCGUUGAUAUGCAAGGCCAUUCAACAUGUUCCACCUUAAAUGUCAAAAAGUCAUGGUUUCAUCCACCUGUAGUUCUGACGUGUAGUUCUUGUGGCAUUAGGGCUGUGUACAGGACAUCUGUUUUUUGUAAAGCUCAGGGAGAAUAGCUGCCAUCUUUUUGUUUUAGUCAUUGUAUUUAGACCACUUUUUUUCCCUCUGUUACAGAGGCUGUAAAUAAACUUGAAUUUGCUAAA